UUCCACCUGAUUCCGCGGCUGUCCAGCAUCGUGCCCGAGUCCUGUCUGCUCAUUGUGGUGGGCCUCCUGGUCGGGGGCCUCAUCAAGCUGGCGGGCGAGGAGGUACCCCCCGUGCUGGACUCCAAACUCUUCUUCCUGUGCCUCCUCCCCCCGAUCAUCCUGGAUGCGGGCUACUUCCUGCCAAUCCGGCCCUUCAUGGAGAACAUCGGCACCAUCCUGAUGUUCGCCGUGGUUGGCACCCUGUGGAACGCUUUCUUCGUAGGGGGUCUCCUCUACGCCGUGUGCCAGAUCGAGGGCACCAACCUGAGCCAGGUGGAGCUGCUGCCCUGCCUGCUGUUCGGGAGCAUCAUCUCGGCCGUGGACCCGGUGGCCGUGCUGGCUGUGUUUGAGGAGAUCCACAUCAACGAGCUGCUGCACAUUCUGGUGUUCGGAGAGUCGCUGCUCAAUGAUGCCGUCACUGUGGUGAGUGAGUGGGCGGUGGGGUGGUAUGUGGUGUUAUGCAGGGAAAUACAGUACAAUGCAAUUCUAGACAGUCAAUCAAUGAAUGAAUUACAGUACAUUCACGUCAGGGUCACCCCCCAAAUAAGAUAAUGCCAUGCACUACAGUACUAUACAGUACUAUACAGCACUAUGUUAUGCACUACAAUAUAAUAAAACAAAACUAUAUUUUCAGAAGUAGGCUACAUUCAUCCUCCAUAUAAAGAUGACUCAGUUUUUAGUUGGCCUGUGAUUGUGUUCUUAUUUCUGUGGACAGGAUAUUGAUUUGGACUGGCACAAGAAAUCAGAAUAGCUUAAUUCCAAAUUGGCCCAUCUUGCCAGAUUCAAUUAGGCCUAGUCUUUUAGGAAAAUCCCACCAUAUUUAUGUCACUGGAUAUUGAAUUCAUACCUUCUAGCUGACGUCACAUUUGACUCCUCACAAGUGAUUGGUUGGUUAGGUUUUGGAAAUGUGUGACCUUCUACAAAAGAUGACCCAGUUUAGUGGGCCCCCAGUGCCUUCUCACCACUUCCUUCUCUUUCCUCUGUUGAAACAGUUGUGGGAUGGACCAUCUCUCUCUUAUGGGUUGGUCAUUGAAAAUAUAAAGUAGAAAAAACAUUUGGAGUAUUUUCUUUUCCUGUUUGCGUCCUGAGGCACAGUGGUUCCUGUUGCUAUAUUUAUGUUCUACUGAUUAUACCCACACACUGGCUGUCUUGUUUGCUCCAUAGUGUUUGAUAGGACUAGUUCACUUAAAAUAGCCUUGGAGUCAUGAGACUUAAAUCAAUGACAGUUCAGCCGAACCAUUUUAAUAUUGUGGGCCAGACAGGCGAAGUGUGCAGAAAUGCAAGCACCUGUGAAAUUGUGAUUUGUCCAAAUGAUCAGUGACUAAAUCAGGGCCCCGGAACAAAGUUCCUUGUUAGUUGUCGCAUCUCACAGUCUGACAGACGCUAUGAUACAAUUUAUGUUACGUGUUUCUGUCCACGAGAGAUUGAGAACAUUUAUCUUUUCUGUAGUGACUAUACCAAAACGUUAGACCAUAUAAUAUCGCUGGUUUAUAUGCUACUCAGUAGACCCUUUUAUCCACAGUACAGGGGGAGUGUGCAUUUUAUUGUGGCCCCAGCGGGUAUCAAACCCAUGACCCUGGCAGGCUAGCACCAUGCUUUUACCAACGGAAUCCAAACAGGUUGUUUAUUUUCGAUUGUAGGCUCUAAAGUGUCAAACCCCCUCCAUUCUCUCUAGGUCUUAUACCACCUGUUUGAGGAGUACUCUGGCGCAGGUGAGGUAACGCCAAUGGACGUGGUCCUUGGGGUCAUCUGCUUCCUGAUUGUAUCGCUGGGCGGCAUCGCCGUGGGCGCCAUCUAUGGUAUCCUGGCGGCCUUCACCUCCCGGUUCACCUCGCACACCCGCGUCAUCGAGCCCCUCUUCGUGUUCGUCUACAGCUACAUGGCCUACCUGUCGGCUGAGAUGUUCCACCUGUCUGGAAUUAUGGCGUAAGUAGGGGGUGGGGGGUACGCACACGCUCACAGACAGACAGACAGACCGACGCGUGCGCACACUCACACACAAUCUUCCUAGUGGCCAAGGUUUUUUGAGUUUCUCUCUGUCAUGAAUCCUAGAUAUUGUUGAUAAUAAAAAACGGUUUCUGUGAGAGUUAUUGUUGGGCUGAGGCUAAGUGUAGGUUUAGUGUUUAUAAUGCAUUGACAGAGUGGCUGUGAUACAUGAUCUUUUGAACCUGUCAGGCUGGUCCAGCAACACCAUUGAUUCUAUGUUUAGCUAAAGGAAAAGUAUGACUGUCUAAUUCCUGCAUUAUCUUCUACAUUUCCUUGGAAAAUAAUCUCACUCCUAAGUGUACACUGAAUUAGAUUCAUAGCUUCUUGGCAAUAUUCAUGAUUUAAAUGGUCAAAUAAAUACAAUGGAACUGGGUCUGUCCCAGCCAAGGAGAUCCAUAUGAAUUAUAUCACAGCGGCAGUAACUCACCUACAUGUCGUGACAGGCCAUCUGAUGUACAACCCAGAGCAGGGAUACAACGCUCAAUUUACACCCCCCCUGUCAUGCCUCUGGCCCUAGCAAAGUACUCCUGUGAUACAUAUAAUUCUCCUCUCCUCUCCUCCGCUUUACUCUCCUUCUUUUUAUAAAAGGUGGUGAGUUAUGAAAUAUGGAUCAUAAACAUAGGUGCUGUUGAUGAAUUGAGUUUCCUGUUGACAGGAGCAAUGGUAGGACUGUAGGACAGUCUGUUCCGAGGCUUAUUGUGUGCUCCGUCCGUGCCUUCCAUCGUAAAGAGGAUUUGGAUUAGUAUAUAGUGCUUUUUGUCCAGUGCUUGUAUAUGGGCCUAUAUAUACAAUGGGAAAAGGCUCACCUCUCCCCAAGCCUUUUAUCUUUUAUAAUUUUUUAUAUUAGCUGAAUGCCAGAGAUCUCGCCCCCGGAGUGAAAUUGGACGGAAUGAUGGACAACUGCAGUGUGUUAUGUAAGGUAAUGAGGUAGCUAGCAGCCCUUACAGUCACUGAGUAGGGUUGCCUCACACUAGACACUAGGAAUAGAGAGGUGUUGCCAUGCUGUACAGGGGAGGGGAUGUGGACAUCUUAACUCGGGUUCCGUAAGUCCAAUCACAGUGAGUCAUUGGUUCUCUCGUGGAACAAGCUGAGGAAAUGGAGCUCUUGUUUCAUAAGCUCUUACAACACAGUUUCCAAAACAAACCGUAUCCUUGUUGCUAUGGCUCUACUGUCCUUGAAGGACUUGUUCUCUUAGCAUGUAAAUACUUAAAAAUACAUGUACUGUAUUGUUUUUAAACCAGUUGAAUUGUUAUGUGACUGCUUUCUAUGCCAUGUCAAUGAAGUACUAGGCUAUAACUUAGUCAUUAGCUUUAACUUGAAUGUAAUGUAGCCUAUAUUUACGCUGUAGGUAGUUGGAUUCAUGUAGUAACCUGGGGCGUAAUUAUUAAAGUGCGUGCGCACAAAAAAUACUAAACCUUUUGUGCACCAGUUUUCCCGCAAAGGUUGACGGGAAAGUGUGCGCAUCUCCACGUACAGCUCAGACCAUGCUUAACUUCUUGUGGUUGAUGAAUUGUAUUGCGAGCAAAUGUCGUUUUUUUUGUGUGGAUGAAAUGGAAGUGUUUGAUGCACAGGAAUUAUAAUAAUGGUAGGCUAAUAACAUGAAAACGUAGGCCUAAUGAUAAAACGGAUUCAUUUGCCGUUGGUAAGGAGAUCGCAUAGCAGCGUGUAGUCUUAACGUGUUUCUUUUUACCUUUAUUAUAUAGGCCUAAGUCAUAAUCCUAUUGCAGGACAUGUCUCUCCUUUUCUGACCUGACUGGUUUAUUCCCGCUACACAACAAAUAGUAGACUACUGCACUUGAUCAAUUGAAAUAGUUUUAAAUUGUAUAUAUAUUUUUGCUGUCUUAAAUGUUUUUGUAAUGGGGAAACUAAAUUCAUGUUUUUGUAGAACGUAACUCUCAUUCAAUAGCCAAGCAUGCUCGAAAGUAAAUAGACGGGUAGCCUAUUGAACAUAUUUGACAGGAUGUGUAGGCUACAGUGCUGUGCGAUAGGAGCGCGACAUCAAAGCCUAUAUAAUCUGAGCCUAUACCAAGGCAGGAGAUAGAAACACAAUCAUGUAUUGAUACACAAAUAUUGAACAACAAUUCAUCUUUUGCAUACAAGUGUGGGCUAUAGCAUUUAGGCUACUUUUUAGGUAGUUUGAAAGGACAAUCAAUCUUGGAGAAUGUGUGGCCAGUGUUUGGCACUCGCUAUAGGCGGUAUGCAUUUUUUGUUUGAAAAAGUCACUGCAAAAGAUUCAAACAUUCUGCCCACACUUCUACAGAAAUGUGAUCAAAUUUGCCAUUGCGCUUUCUUUUAGAAACUAUCAUUGCCCAGUUCCAACAUUUCCAAAUCAUACAGCAAAUUAUGGUGUUUUUGUUACCAUAAAAGGUGGGGUGGUAGGGCUCAUUCACGAGCGCACAAAUAUAAUAUGGCUCUGAUUUGAUCAAUAAUAACAUGUGUGUAUAUAUGUUGCCCCUGGUAUAUUUAUGGUAAGUAUUCUGUUUACCAAUAGAUGGCAAUAGAUGGCAGAAUUCAAUUCUAAAACGUACUUACAUGUCUGGAGUGUUCGAUCUAAGAUACUACAAUUCAGAAUAGACAUUAAAUGAUGGAACAUUGUCAGACAAUAAAAAGUUUUAUUUCUCAGAGAACUCAUUUAUAAUCAUCCCUUGUCCUGCUCUCUCUCUAGGCUGAUUGCGUGCGGCGCGGUGAUGCGGCCCUACGUGGAGGCCAACGUAUCCCACAAGUCCCACACCACCAUCAAGUACUUCCUGAAGAUGUGGAGCAGCGUGAGUGAGACGCUCAUCUUCAUCUUCCUGGGCGUGGCCACGGUGGCCGGGCCGCAUGCCUGGAACUGGACCUUCGUCUCCGUCACCGUCAUCCUUUGUCUGGUGUCACGUGUAAUUGGUGAGUCAGACAUGGAUACCUUCCUCACAGUACUGAACAAGUCUCUACAUCAUAUGACUCCAAAAGAUAGUGAGAGAAAUUACAUGACAGGCCCAACUUUCUCAUAGUUUGUCAUCAUUUGGUCAAGUUGUUUCUGUAGAUGAUGUGAUACAGAUUUUUUACUUUCUCAAUUUGACAAGGGAUAGUUAUUCUUGGAGCCAGACUGAAAUACCAGUCACUACAUUUCAGGUAAUGAGGCAACUGUUAGAGGAAGUGCUCCUUGUGGUUUCCACAUGGUCCUCACAUCGAGGAAGCCCAGAUAUCAACAGACUCGUCAGAUACACGUCCCUAAAAAAGGAAGCAUAAAUAUUUUAAGUAUUAUGUCAUUUCCGCAGUUAUAGAUAGACCCAAAGCAGACCUCCAUCUGACUUUGCUUGCUAGUUUGAAACCUAGUGACUUGACAUUGCACUUUAUCACCAUUGACCAUUCUCUAUUCUCACCAAACAUCCUAUAGUUUUCUGCGUUUUUGUGCUCUCUCUCUCUCUGUCUCGCUGUCUCUGUCUCUCUCUCUCUCUGUCUCUCUCUCUCUCUCUCUCUCUCUCUCUCUCUCUCUCUCUCUCUCUCUCUCUCAAGCUUUUUAUCAAUUUGGAAAGUGGAUGCUUAACCUUUCUUAGGUUGUAAAGAGGCUGGUAUUGGCUGUGUGUAAGGAGGGAGCAGACAUGGAGUCAAUCAGGUUGAUUCUCUUCUGCGCUCUCUCUCUCUCUCCCAGGCGUGGUGGGCCUUACCUUUAUCAUCAACAAGUUCCGCAUCGUCAAGCUGACCACCAAGGACCAGUUCAUUGUGGCCUACGGUGGCCUACGAGGGGCGAUCGCCUUCUCCCUGGGCUACCUGUUAGACAAGGACCACUUCCCCAUGAGGACCAUGUUCCUCACCGCCAUCAUCACCGAAAUCUUCUUCACCGUGUUUGUACAGGUGGGUACUGGGCCAGUCCUCUAGCCUGGUCCCAGAUCUGAUUCGUGCUGUCUCGCCACCUCGUCACACCAAUGAACACAGUGGUCACGCCAAUGACCACAGUGAUCACGCCAGCCAUAGUUGUCAUGCCAAUGACCAUAGGAGUUGGCAAGACGGCACAAAAAUAUCUGGUACCUGGCAACCCUCUAUCUAACUAUCAAAUAAAAAUUGUCACUGAGUGAACACAAAGGACAGCAUUUUUAUUUAUUCCGAAUUUAGUAGGAAGUUGACUAUAUUACAGAGUGCUUUUGUGUCAAAAUAGUUUGCUUUGCUGCUCAAUUGUGCUUUUGCUCUCUUGUCCUUAGUAUAUUUCAAGGCCUAAAGUAGUCAAUGGUUUUCAUGGUUUGUUUCAGCCCAAUGCAAUGCUGGUGUGACAAAAUGUCACUGCAGCUACUACUUUGAAGCACACACACGGUCCGUUUUGAAGCUCCUUGCGUCAAAUAUUCCCCAGUCCUGCUGAGCAAACUCAUCUUACAGUGAAACUGUUGAUGCAUGUUGACGCUCUAGGACACGCGUCACCUGGCAGAGUAUCCCCAAAAUGGCUGCUACUAAAAGAAAGCCUUCUAUAAGCCUUUUAUAUAAUGUCUUCAGGAAAUGACUCAUUCAUUUUUUUUUUUACUCAGUGCUGGCAGUCUGGGAUGUUCUUAGCUAUAGACUAGGUGGGGGUUUCACCUACAGUGGUGCGAUUUGCUGCAGUAGGAAUGUGUGUGUGGUGUUAGCCUGUUAGAAUGUGUAAGUGUUUAUAUGCAUGUGUUUUGAUUGGGUGUGUGUGCGUGGUACUGACAGGGGUAUUAUUUAAGGGCCAGAAUUUGUUGUCAUCUACUUAGGGUGUAAAGUUAACCAGAUAGACUUAAUCUCCUUAUGAGAGAGAAUGAUACGCUAAAGCCUACACACACAUGGACAGACAGACAGAUGCACACUGGAACAGGAUAAAAGAGAUUGCUAGAACCAAUAUGCCAAGUUGUAUAUUAACCAGCUCUGAUCAAACCUUUUCCCAGCAUGACUCAGCCAUCGAUGGAACGGCCUUAUGCACGGACCACCAACCACCUGCGCAUAACUUCAUUUAAAUGCAAAUGUUGCUUGACUGCUACAUACACAAAAUGGAUACAGAAUACAGUAGCUAUGAAAAUAAAUGAUAUGAAAGUCACCCCUCAUCCGAGGUAUUCCUUUUGAUUUGUGUGUGUUUUAUGGGAGGACAUUGGAUGUAUUUUAUUUCCACCUGAGCUGCUGCUUCUAGUCAAGAGUAAAGGUUUUUAGCAACUCCUCACACACCAUAAGAGAAAAAAGGGUCGGGGGGGAGGGGCCUGACGUGUGUGUGUGUGUGUGUGUGUGUGCGGCAUGUUUUAGUUUGGGUAAGGCCUAGUCAAUAUGCGUUAGUUUGCAAAUCACCUCAUAGUGUGAAUGUGUGCAUCUGUCCAUAGCCAGUGCUUCUCUGUGCAGUAAGUAAACACCAUGCACACGAAUGAAAGGUGUUGUAAUGGACAUUACAGGCUUCUCUUAGGUCGCUGAUGUCGUGUAGUAUUUAAAGAUGGACAUUUAUAAUUUUGUUCUUCAGGAUCUCAAAUGUUACCUUAGUAACAUCUCCCUUCUCUCUCUCUCUUCUCCUCCUCCCCCUCUCAGGGCAUGACUAUCAAACCCCUGGUGGACCUGUUAGCCGUGAAGAAGAAGCAGGAGGCCAAGCGCUCCAUCAAUGAGGAGAUCCACACCCAGGUAACCUUUAACCCCAUCAACCCCCUCACAUCCUGGCCCCUCCUACUCUUCCCCUCCUCUGUAGCCAGACCACCCAUCAGACAAGUCAGUUAAUUUCCUUUUGUUUCUCCUGGGAUAUACGAGCUCUGGGCCCGUAUUCAUAAAGCGUCUCAUAGUAAGAGUGCUGAUAUUGUAUGAUCUAAAACUGAUCCUAGAUCUGCAUUGCUACUCUGAAAUACUUUAUAAAUACAGGCCCUGGUCAGGUUAUGACAUUUGCAGCACAAGAACAAGAAAUGCACUGAAGCUACACUGCUAGGCUGAUCUUGUUCACCCUAAUUAUCUAACCAUCUUGCCCUUUAAAAUGGGCUAUUGCAUUAAUGGCUGUGGUUAAAUUAAUGAUUUGGUUAUUUCCAACUGAGGGAUGUCCAUUUUACUUUCAAAUUCAGUAUCUGUCCAGAUGUACAGUACUGUCAUUACAUGUUGACUGCUAAACAUUGCUCUGCGCUUCCCCCCUACUGGCCAUUUUAAUAUAAUUAUCUUCUGCUAAUGAAUUUUGUCUUGCUGACAUUGCCUUGCUGGGGUUUUAAUAAUGGAAAGCCAAUGGAAAGCAGUAUUCCCCUGCUUCCUCUUAACACAGACUAAUGAAACUUCCUACAUUGCUCCAUGGCUCCCAAUGGACCAUCCUCUCAUUCUCCACUGCCUCCACUGACACAUUGAUCCGGGUUGCCAGAUUGGCGAGUAAUAUCCACCCUGCUUAGGUCUGGCUUCCUCUGGUGCUACUGAUCAUUCUCUCUCUGCCCUUGAGUGACCACUGAGCAGAAUGGCACACCGUCUCUCAGUAGCUCCUGUUGCUAAUAAUAGCCACAGAAUAGUGGCGUGACACGUACUUUACACACAAUGUCUCUCUGCGGGGCUCUGUUGGCUCUCUGGUGCACAGAGGAGCGAUGAGUCACCGGCGCUCUAGGCUAGAGGGCCCAGUCACCAGCUUUAUCGUUUCUUCUCCACUGUAAAUGGCAGUGAUUCAAGUAAACAGAGCUGUAGUAGGACUCCUGGAGUGCACCAGGAGUGGAUAAGGGUGUUUAAGAGCCUAGUGGGUUUUAGGAUUUUAGAGUCCCUCAGGGUUUUAAUGUCGGGACCAUUGUGUUUGUGGUCUCACAAAUUGGUCAGUAGGUUGUUUUGAUGAAUGGAUAUUUGAAGCUCUUGACUAAUUGGCAUCUGGGGCUGACCUUGACAUACUGUGUGUCACCUUGCUUGAGGCUUUCAUUAUAAAGUACCAUUUAUUGUGACAAAUGUAAAGUUUUCUUCUACCAGAGAUAGAACUGAUGCAGAAACUACUGUAAAAAAAAAAUCCCUUCACUGCCUGAAAAUAUUGCAAUGCAAUAAAUUCAGUGGCACGACCAAACUGCUUGUUCCCAUAGCAACUCUGCAAACUGUCCCUGUGCAGAACUGUCACAGCAGUUGCCAUAAUCAAAGUACAGGAACAAAAUUGACCACCGACUGAACGUAAUCUGUCAGUGCCUAUUUCUCUGCUUCAAUCUGUGAAUGUGAUGGACAUCAUCUAGGCCUAAUGCUCUCUCUAUUGGCCAGAUUCUGGGAGGAAUCUCCGUGGAGAAAAGGCUACUUAAGGGAUCAUCCAAAAAUGAAAAAAUGGUGGCCUGUAUGAUGUGGAAAUAUACUUUACUGGACUAUUUUACAUGUAAUAGAAACAAAAAAAGGAGGAACAGAUUAGGCUUGGUUACACUUUUACUUCCCAUUGUAAAAGCAUUUCAAAUAUCUGUUCCUCUUGUUGUUUAGCGUAGAUACAAUAUUUAAACAUUGUUUUCUCCCCCUAGUUCCUGGACCAUCUGCUGACUGGCAUCGAGGACAUCUGUGGACACUACGGCCAUCACCACUGGAAAGACAAGUACGUAGCAGAGGCGGGGCUAAAAUGGUCAUGAUGACAAGUGCUGUAUAUUUUUGUUCACUGUAUAAAAACAUUUGAUUACCUCUUAUUCAAGUUUUACGAUCAUUAAGGCAACAACUUUCUAGUACCCAGUCCAGUAAUGUUUGUUAGUUGUCUUGUGUUGUCUAUAGUUGUUUAUUGUCUAUUUCCUUCUGUUUGAAUUGUGUUCCAAGUUAGAACUUUUAGCCUUAGCAUCUUUGUUAACACGGUUAACUCAAAUGUGGUGGUGAAGCUGUGAUCCCUCAGGCAUUGUUAGUAACAGCUAGCGCCUUAAGUUGAUUAUCUUUCAGAACAGAUGCUUUUCCUACAAUGAAAUCUUAUUGAAUCCAAUAAUGUAAUGGUAAUCAUAAAGCAUUGCCAUUCAUAACCAAGUGAACCUGAAUAAUUUUGUAAGUUUUAUUUCCCUAUGCAGUAUUUACCCACAACAGUAUUGCAUUUGAACAGCCUUGGGCGUUAUAUGUGGCAGUUAUCCUCUGAAGAUAACCAUGUAUAAGAUUUGUUCAGACAGCUCUGUAAGCCGAUUUAUCACCCGACAGUUGUCAUAUUUCACCUUCAGAUCCAGUUCCAUACAGACUUUAGAGCAGCGGGAUAAAACAAUGUUUGUAACUGUAUUGAUUUCUGGAUUUAGAGCAUUAUGAUAAACUCUGGGCUCAUCCUAUAGUGGUCGGUUUUCACAGUGUGUGUUCCUGCCAGUGACCACACUGUCUCCAAUGUAGUGUGUGUGCUCUACGCCUAUUUAAGAGCUUUUCAUCCAUUUGGAAAGUGUUCUUAACCUUUUUCUAAUGUUUUAAUGAGGCUGGUAAUGGCUGUGUGAUGGGAAGGUUGACUUGUUUUCUUCUUUCUCGCGCUUCUCUCUCGUUUCUCUCUCCUCUCUCUGUUUUCUCUCUCUCUUCCCCACCCUGCAGGCUGAACCGCUUCAACAAGAAGUACAUAAAGAAGUGCCUGAUAGCGGGCGAGCGCUACAAGGAGCCGCAGCUCAUCGCCUUCUACCACAAGAUGGAGUUCAAGCAGGCCAUCGAGCUGGUGGAGAGCGGCGGGGGCGUCAAGCUGCCCUCCGCCAUGCCCUCGCAGGUCUCCAUGCAGUGAGUGCUCCACCCUCUUCCCUCCUCCACCUCCUUUUAGCUCACCACCACCAGCUCUACACUUAAUAGCCAUUUCCACAUUGUUGUGUUAGCCUAUAUCUGCACAAGCCUGUGCGUGCGAGCGCCAGAGAGGUUUGAAAGUCAAGAGGCUGAACUAGCAAUUACUUCCUGUAAAUAACUGGUAUGGGAGAAUGUGCCUGAAUCUUUCUCGCGGGUGUUACAGGAAGGAAUUGCUAAGUGAGUUAGAGCUUGGUAAUGGCCAAAAACAACCAUAGUUAUCCAUAGAACCACAGUCAAAAAAAGAAUGGCGCCGACAGACAUGGCAGCUCUGCUUCUAGCUCCUUGAAUUGUUAGAUAGAAUUGUUAGAUACUCUUGCACUGUUGGAGCUAGGAACACAAGCAUUUCGCUACAUCCGAAAUAACAUCUGCUAAAAACCUACACAAGGCUGGAAUGGGCUACAAGACCAUCGCCAAGCAGCUUGAUGAGAAGGUGACAACAGUUGGUGCGAUUAUUCGCAAAUGGAAGAAACACAAAAUAACUGUCAAUCUCCCUCGGCCUGGGGCUCCAUGCAAGAUCUCACCUCGUGGAGUUGCAAUGAUCAUGAGAAAGGUGAGGAAUCAGCCCAGAACUACACAGGAGGAUCUUGUCAAUGAUCUCAAGGCAGCUGGGACCAUAGUCACCAAGAAAACAAUUGGUAACACACUACGCCGUGAUGGACUGAAAUCCUGCAGCGCCCACAAGGUCCCCCUGCUCAAGAAAGCACAUAUACAGGGCCGUCUGAAGUUUGCCAAUGAACAUCUGAAUGAUUCAGAGGAGAACUGGAUGAAAGUGCUGUGGUCAGAUGAGACCAAAAUCGAGCUCUUUGGCAUCAACUCAACUCGCCGUGUUUGGAGGAGGAGGAAUGCUGCCUAUGACCUCAAGAACACCAUCCCCACCGUCAAACAUGGAGGUGGAAACAUGCUUUGGGGGUGUUUUUCUGCUAAGGGGACAGGACAACUUCACCGCAUCAAAGGGACGAUGGACGGGGCCAUGUACCGUCAAAUCUUGGGUGAGAACCUCCUUCCCUCAGCCAGGGCAUUGAAAAUGGGUCGUGGAUGGGUAUUCCAGCAUGACAAUGACCCAAAACACACGGCAAAGGCAACAAAGGAGUGGCUCAAGAAGAAGCAUAUUAAGGUCCUGGAGUGACCUAGCCAGUCUCCAGACCUUAAUCCCAUAGAAAGCUGAAGGUUCGAGUUGCCAAACGUCAGCCUCGAAACCUUAAUGACUUGGAGAAGAUCUGUAAAGAGGAGUGGAACAAAAUCCCUCCUGAGAUGUGUACAAACCUGGUGGCAAACUACAAGAAACGUCUGACCUCUGUGAUUGCCAACAAGGGUUUUGCCACCAAGUACUAAUUUCCCUCAUUUAAAAUACAAAUCAAUUCAUAACAUUUUUGAUGUGACCAAUAAAAUGUGAUUUGAUUUGAACAUGUAUCUUGUUUUUCUCUGUCCUCUCUCCCAGGAACAUCCAGCCCAAGAAGCUGCCUCCUCCUGUAGCAGAGCGGGCCCUGCCUCAGUUCACCAAGGGCCGUGAGGAGGAGAUCAGGAAGAUCCUCAGGAGUAACCUGCAGAAGACCCGCCAGAGGGUGAGCACUGAUCCAGGAUCAGAUUUACCCUCAGCUUAUCUGAGGGGUAACAUUAGGAGGGCAACUGCAAAGCUGAUCUCAGAUCCGUUUUUAGCGAUUAGGGGCUUGCUCUCAGCUAGUAAUGUAGGAAUUCAGAUGCUCACUCUGUUUGUAAAGAGAUUACAAUUGUACAUAAUAUAAUAAUAUAAUAUAUGCUUUUUAUCCACAGCGACUUAGUCAUGCUUUCAUCUAUUUUACGUUCAUCACAUUGCUUCGCAGUUUGUAAUUUCUUCAUUAGUAUUGUCAAACGUCAAAUCUCUUAAGAUUAUAGUACUAAAGUAGUCAUGAGCCUGUAUCAUUAUGGAUACAAGUGUGCAUUGUUGCUGUGUGGUCCUAGCCUAGACCUCCCUGUCUCGUGGUGAGUUGAAUGAAUGUGUUUUGUCUCUGCGCUCCUACAACAGAUGCACUCUGGUGCCUGAAAAGUGUAUUAUUAUUAUUAUUAUUAUUGUGUGAUCCUAGCUCUAUAACAUUGCUGUCCCAUAGUGUGAGCUGAGUGUGUGUUGUCUCUCCCUCCAGCUGCGCUCCUACAACAGACACACUCUGGUGGCUGAUCCUUUCGAGGAUGGAUGGAACGACUUCAUCCUGAAGAAGCAGAGGAUGAUCGAGCUAGAGAAGAAGGUAAGACUACCAGAAUCACCUAGCCUGGUUAAACCAGAUUGAACGCUGCGCUCUCCAUUGUUGUGCUCACUUAGUCUGGAACGCCACUAAUUCAAUUCAAUAGAACUUUAUUUAUCCCCUCAUGGCCAAAUGACACACAAAUAGACGGGUAUGUGGAAUCCUCACAAAAAUAACCGGUCCAAACAGCCUAUUCUCUGAAAGAGGGGAUUUAGGAUAGAAGCCCACGUGGCCAAACGCUGCUCUUUGGAUCUGGUCAAAACAUCGGUUCUUCUGGGUGAAACAAUGAAAUUUAGCAAAAUAAUUUUGGGAAGCCAUGCUAAGACUCCCCCAGACAUAGAGAGAACUUCAACAGACAACCAGACACAAAGUUCUCUCACUGCUCACAGUAGUAAACUUUCUUUAAAACCAUUGCAUUAAUUUAGUCUAACUAUGAUGGAUUUUGUCAUUAAAGUUUUCCAUAAAUUGUCUCUCCCCCCUCCACUCAAAUAAUUUGCCUGACACAAUCAGUUCCUGAUUUAUUUAUGCAGCCUUGUGGCCCGACGGCCAACUUGCAUUUAAUCAGUCUCUAUGUAAUGAAAAUGGAACUAACAUCUUGAUUAAAUAGAACUGUUUGAUUAAAAAGGACACUGUAGACCUGAGAGAUCUGCAGAUACUAGCAGAAUUGUUUAUUUUGGAAAUUAACAUUUUGAUUUAAUAUAACUUUUAAAAGUGGAGGAAAAUGCUGAUCCCAUCAGACCAGUAAACACAAUUUACUGACCUGUCAAACUUUUUAAUAGCACUUUAAACAGCGGUGUCUUCAAAAAGUGUCUUGGUUGGCCUUUAUGAUAUUGGCAGCCAUAUUGUGUUGUAUUGAUUUGGUGUAGGCUUAUCUAGUGUUUGAAUGUAUUGCUGACCUCACUAAAAAUAUUUCCAUUAAAAUGGACAAUAAAGUAUCCUAUUGUAUCGUAAAUAAUAUGGCUGUAUGGCUAUAUGCUUUCAACUAAAGUGACUGGCAGUCGACGACAAUCCAUAUACAGUAUUCACUAUGUGUGUCUGAUGCGGGAAUUGAACCCACAGCUCUUGUAUAUUGAAAUGGUUGCUUGUGUGUGUGUGUGUGUGUGCCUGUGAACAGAUGACAGAGAUGAGUAACUAUCUCACGGUCCCUGCCGCCCCUCCUGACUCCCCCACCAUGUGCAGAGCCAGGCUGGCCUCAGGUGAGUCCAUCCUACACCCACGUCACACUCUGAAGCUCCCAUUUUACACUACCGUGACAACCCCUACCCUACCGCACUGUGCUGGCGCUGAUAUUUAUUUUACAAUUGUCCUUUCCAGCAUGGUUCCAGUAACUAUGGGGAUGUGUAACCAGGCUAGCUUGGCUUAGUAGUGUGAAUCAACACUUAUUGUAAGGUUGCUUAUGAAGCAAUAGGAAAGAUGAUGGAAACAGACUUGUUCCAUUGCAGAGUUUUGAGUCGGAAGGAACCCAUUUGCUUCACAUUUAGUAUACUUAGUUUGGCAAGAUUGUUAACGUUUAUGAAGUUUAAUGGCUGCCAAUGAUGCUAUCUACAGAAUGCACUAAUAUGUCACUCUGUUAUACAGUAGGCUACUCCACUUUUAUUACAUUUCUACUGGAAAUAUGUUUGCAUGUGUAAGUUGGCAUGUAAAGCGGUAUUGCACUUGGUUCUAUUUUAGGCAGUGAUUUCAAAGCUGAAAAGGGAGGGGCCAAAGUAAUUCCAGGUAUGUAGUACAGUUCUAGUGAGUGUAGACAAGUGAUGGGCUGUGGCGACCAAUGGCCUCGGCUACAAACUUACUGUAUAUGCAUGUCAUAUUUUAACUGUUGCUUGCUUCCAGUUGUAAAUGCAAUAUGCAUGAUUCUAGCAUAAAUUGUUAAUGUGAUUGACAGGAUCAGGUUACGGAAUGAUGCAUCACCACAGUUGUGGUGUAAGUGUCUGUUCAUGAUUGUGUAUUUAAAAAUGUGUAAUGUGGGUGCUUUGUGAUUUUUUAAAAUUUGUAUUGUAUAUCUGGUUUUUGUUCGGUAACAGUUUAAGUAUUUGUUCUAGUCAGGGUUGGCAAACCCUAGUUGUGGAGAGGCACAAUGUGUGAGCUGCUGUUCUAGGCCAUCUCUGCACUAGCACACAUGCUUCUACUAAACAAGGGCUGUAACAAAAUCCCUGCACACAUUGUGGCUCAUCACCACUACCAGGGCUACGUUCAGCCGGCCAUGUCGUUGUGGAACGUUCAGAAAUAAAGAUAUUAUAUGGAACAAACAUACACUUGACGUGUAGAAUAGGAAUCAAGUAAGCUCUAUUCAUGACAUUUCUAUCUCCAACGUUACACAACGUUUGCCUACUCAACGUGCCCUUUGGUUGGCCUCCCCUGUUUGGAGUAAUGUACCGUACGUUAACCCUUUCCUUGCCUGUCCCACGCAGACCCCAACGCCUUCUACAACAUCAAGGCGUCUUCAGACGGCAUCCCCACCAUCCAGGUGGAUCUAGCCUCCCCCAAGUCCCCGGACUCUGUCAACAUGCUGGACGAGUUCUCCAAGCGGGGUGCCACGGGCCAGGGCCUGGGUCAGAGGGAGGGGGCCGACCGGGAUGAGGACCAGGGCCUGAUGAUGAAGCCGUCCUCGGCGGGGAAAGGGGAGAAGGGAGAGGAAGAGGGGGGCAACAAGAACCCAGGGCUGAUGAGGUGUCUGAGUGACCCGGGCCCUAGUAAUGAGGAUGAGGAGGAUGAACCAUUUCUUCCC